AUGCAUUUGGUAUGUGCUGCUGCUAUACUGCCUAAUCAUUCAAAACCUUAUCUUGAAGAAAUACAGGAAACUCGGGCUCUUUCGGGAAAGACCCAAGAAUUUAUAGUUAACUUUGAUGAGAAAUUGAAGAAGCUGGAGGAGGAAGAAGGAGUUUAA